GGGGCAUUUCUAAGCCAGGAACAUCUUCAGGAUGGACCUUGUCCUUCUCUGUGUGUUCCUGCCUCUGGUGACUGUGGCAUGGGGCCAGUACGGUGACUAUUACUAUGGUCCCUAUAAUUAUGGAGAUAAUGAUGAAUGGGUCAAUGUGUACCGUCAGGGUUUCAACUUCCAGUGCCCACACGGGCAGGUGAUUGUGGCUGUCAGAAGUGUUUUCAACAAGAAGGAAGGCUCUGACAGACUGUGGAACUAUGCCUGCAUGCCAGCAUCCCAGAGCCUUGGUGAGCCGACAGAGUGCUGGUGGGAAGAGAUCAACAGGGCAGGAACGGAAUGGUAUCAGACCUGCUCAAACAAUGGGCUGGUGGCUGGAUUCCAGAGUCAGUAUUUUCCAUCUGUGCUGGACCGUGAAUGGCAAUUUUACUGCUGCCGCUAUAGCCGGAGAUGCCCAUACUCAUGCUGGUUAACAACAGAAUAUCCAGGACACUAUGGAGAAGAUAUGGACAUGAUGAUGUACACUUAUGAUUACUACAUCCGUGGGGCAACCACAACUUUCUCUGCUGUGGACAGGGAUCGUCAGUGGAAAUUUAUUGUCUGCAGGAUGACAGACUAUGACUGCCCAUUUCAAAAUGUUUAAAAGAUUGAGUGUACCCCAGUUUGGGGAAUAGACAGGGUGGGAUGAGGCUUAGUGAUUACAGGAGAGGGGCAAUUAGGCCACUAAAAAAGUAUCAAGAUUCAUCAGCUGUCUGCUGAAGACAUAAUUCUUUUCCUCUGGAGCUAAUAAAUAAAUUGCCAGCCCAUGUGCUUGCAACAGUGAAUUUGGAGGAUUCCUUCAAGCUGCAC